AUGUUCUCCGCCAUGCUCCGGCACGGAGUACACCCAGUGGAAUGGAAAAUAGCUAAGUUUAUCCCGAUCCCGAAACCCGGCAAAGCAAACUAUCAUGAAGCAAAAGCCUAUCGGCCCAUCUCCCUUCUACAAUGCUUCAGCAAAAUCCUGGAGAAGAUAGUGGCUCAGAGACUCUGCACCGCUGGAGAAAUCCUAGGCACACUCUCAGCGAAUCAAUUUGGAGGAAGACCAACCAUCUCGGCAAUCGACGCCCUCCUGAGAACCUUAACAUCAAUACAACAAAACUUACUACUGAAAAACAGUACCGGAAUCGCUCGGCGAGACAGACCAGCGAUCCUAACCAAUGAUAUCCAAGGAGCAUUUAACUGCGUCGACCACCUACUCCUCGCGGAAAUCAUGCACCAACAAAAAUUCCCUACCUACCUAACAGAAUGGUGCAAGGAAUUCAAUACCGGCAGAAAACUACAGUUCCAAUUUAACCAUGAGCUAGAGGAACCACAGCCCUACGAUUCUGGAGUGCCGCAAGGUAGCCCCAUGUCCCCGGUACUAUUCAUGAUCUAUGCUGGAGUAAUCCUGGACCCAACAAGCAGCCCGAAAGAGAUGGACACCACAUAUAUCGAUGACGAUGCGCUG